UCCCUCUCUUUGGCUCCCUCCUUCCGCGCGAGUCUCAGGAGGAGCCGCAGCGCUAGGCGCAGCCUCUGCUGCCCGGGGCCCGCUCGCCUUGCGCCAUGGACUGGCAGCCAGACGAGCAGGGCCUGCAGCAGGUCCUGCAGCUGCUCAAAGACUCGCAGUCGCCCAACACAGCCACGCAGCGCAUCGUACAGGAUAAACUUAAACAGCUCAACCAGUUUCCUGACUUCAACAACUACCUGAUCUUCGUCCUGACCAGACUCAAAUCAGAAGAUGAGCCAACGCGCUCUCUCAGUGGCCUCAUCCUCAAGAACAAUGUGAAGGCACAUUACCAGAGCUUCCCGCCACCUGUGGCCGACUUCAUCAAGCAGGAGUGUCUCAACAACAUUGGCGACGCCUCCUCGCUCAUCCGGGCCACCAUCGGCAUUCUCAUCACCACCAUCGCUUCCAAGGGUGAGCUGCAGAUGUGGCCUGAGCUGCUGCCCCAGCUGUGCAACCUGCUCAACUCUGAGGAUUACAACACUUGUGAGGGAGCCUUUGGAGCCCUGCAGAAGAUCUGUGAGGACUCCUCUGAGCUUCUGGACAGUGACGCCCUCAACAGGCCGCUAAACGUCAUGAUCCCCAAGUUCCUGCAGUUCUUCAAGCACUGCAGCCCCAAGAUCCGGUCCCACGCCAUCGCCUGUGUGAACCAGUUUAUCAUGGACCGGGCCCAGGCGCUGAUGGACAACAUUGACACCUUCAUUGAGCACCUGUUCGCCCUGGCUGUGGACGAUGACCCCGAAGUGCGCAAGAACGUGUGCCGUGCCCUGGUGAUGCUCCUGGAAGUGCGCAUUGACAGGCUCAUCCCCCACAUGCACAGCAUCAUCCAGUACAUGCUGCAGAGGACCCAGGACCAUGACGAGAAUGUGGCCCUCGAGGCCUGUGAGUUCUGGCUGACACUGGCCGAGCAGCCCAUCUGCAAGGAAGUCCUGGCCUCUCACUUGGUCCAGUUGAUCCCCAUCCUUGUAAACGGGAUGAAGUACUCAGAAAUCGACAUCAUCCUGCUCAAGGGGGAUGUGGAGGAGGACGAAGCUGUUCCCGACAGCGAGCAGGACAUCAAGCCUCGCUUCCACAAGUCCCGCACAGUGACGUUGCCCCACGAGGCUGAGCGGCCUGACGGUUCUGAGGAUGCGGAGGAUGAUGAUGACGAUGACGCUCUGUCCGACUGGAAUCUGAGGAAGUGUUCAGCAGCUGCCCUGGAUGUCCUCGCCAACGUCUUCCGGGAGGAACUUCUGCCCCACCUACUCCCCCUGCUCAAGGGCCUCCUGUUUCACCCUGAGUGGGUGGUCAAAGAGUCAGGCAUUCUGGUGCUGGGCGCCAUCGCUGAGGGCUGCAUGCAGGGUAUGGUGCCCUAUCUCCCCGAGCUGAUCCCGCACCUCAUCCAGUGCCUGUCGGACAAGAAGGCCCUAGUCCGCUCUAUCGCCUGCUGGACACUGAGCCGCUAUGCCCACUGGGUGGUCAGCCAGCCGCCUGACAUGCACCUCAAGCCUCUGAUGACAGAGCUGCUCAAACGCAUUCUGGAUGGCAACAAACGUGUGCAGGAGGCAGCCUGCAGUGCCUUCGCCACCCUGGAGGAGGAGGCGUGCACGGAGCUGGUGCCUUACCUCAGCUACAUCCUGGAUACCCUUGUCUUCGCUUUCGGCAAGUACCAGCACAAGAACUUGCUCAUCCUGUAUGACGCUAUUGGCACCCUGGCUGACUCUGUGGGCCACCACCUCAACCAGCCGGAGUACAUCCAGAAGCUGAUGCCCCCACUGAUCCAGAAGUGGAAUGAACUCAAGGAUGAAGACAAGGACCUCUUUCCUCUGCUGGAGUGCCUGUCAUCGGUGGCCACCGCCUUGCAGAGCGGCUUCUUGCCCUACUGUGAGCCCGUAUACCAGCGCUGUGUCACCCUAGUGCAGAAGACGCUGGCCCAGGCCAUGAUGUACACCCAGCACCCUGAGCAGUAUGAGGCCCCCGACAAGGACUUCAUGAUCGUGGCGCUGGACCUGCUCAGUGGCCUGGCCGAGGGCCUGGGCGGCCAUGUGGAACAGCUGGUGGCCCGAAGUAAUAUCAUGACUCUGCUGUUCCAGUGUAUGCAGGACUCCAUGCCUGAGGUACGGCAGAGCUCCUUUGCCCUCCUGGGAGAUCUCACCAAAGCCUGCUUCAUCCAUGUCAAGCCCUGUAUUGCGGAGUUCAUGCCCAUCCUGGGCACCAAUCUGAACCCCGAGUUCAUCUCUGUAUGCAACAAUGCCACCUGGGCCAUUGGUGAGAUCUGCAUGCAGAUGGGGGCAGAGAUGCAGCCCUAUGUGCAGAUGGUCCUCAACAACCUGGUGGAGAUCAUUAAUCGGCCCAACACACCCAAGACGCUGCUGGAAAACACAGGUCGCCUGACGAGUCCCUCUGCCAUUCCAGCCAUCACCAUCGGCCGCCUGGGCUACGUGUGCCCACAGGAGGUGGCACCCAUGCUGCAGCAGUUCAUCCGGCCUUGGUGCACGUCCCUCAGGAACAUCCGGGACAAUGAGGAGAAGGACUCAGCCUUCCGUGGUAUCUGCAUGAUGAUCGGUGUCAACCCAGGGGGUGUCGUGCAGGUCGGGCAGCUGGGCUCUGAGGGCAGGGUGGGGGCUGGCUCGGGCGGCCCUCACCUGGGAUCCGUCACGUUUCAGGACUUUAUUUUCUUCUGCGAUGCUGUAGCCUCCUGGGUGAGCCCGAAGGAUGACCUUCGGGACAUGUUUUAUAAGAUCCUCCAUGGCUUCAAAGACCAAGUUGGGGAGGAGAACUGGCAGCAGUUCUCAGAGCAGUUCCCCCCACUGCUCAAGGAGAGGCUGGCGGCCUUCUACGGGGUCUAGGCGAACAUGGAGACUGCCAGGUUUCUGUCUGCGUCAUCAUCAGAGGGAUUGCUGGGGAGCGCGCUGCGUCCAGAAGUCACUGUGCCCUGGUCUAGGGGGGUUAGGGAGGAGUGAGUGGGACCCAAAUCCACACGCCUUCCCCGUCGGUCCAUCCGUCCACCUGCCCCACCAGGCCUGUCUGGCUGGUGCUGGGCAGGUGGGUGGGACCUCCACGCUCAUCCUACAAACAGGGAGGGGGGUGGGACUUCUUGGUGGGCAAGAGCCCCCCAGGCUCUAAUCGGGGGUCAUCUCAGGCAGCCCACCCGGGCUAGCCACGUGGGAGGGAGGAAUCCACACGGCCGACUGAAUUCGGCUUCGGAUAAGGAGAGGGGAUUGCAGGCGGGGAGGGGGGGUCCUUGUAGAGACGCGUACACACACGUGGCCACACGCAUGUGCGGGUGCUGCAGCCAGCCAGUCAGGCUGAGCGAGCGCCCCACCAUUUCCCCGACUGCAUGGAGACAGUAGAAUUAGUGAACCCCUGAGUUAAGCCGUACGGCCUUCCGUGUAACCUGCACCUAGAGUAUAAGAAGCUUCCGCUGUUUUGCCGGAAUCUGCGAUGACUGGGGAGGGCUGGGGGGGUUGAGGGGCCU